UUAUCUAAUUUGAGGAAAGAAAAAGGUAGGAUAAGGUUGGUGUAUUUCUCACAUCUCUUUCUUUCUCUCUCGCCAUUCCUAAAGAUAGAGAAAAUCUGGCAAGCCAUUCUUGUUAACAAUGUCAGCUUCAACAGCUCUGAAUCUUGCUUCAUUUUGUCCUUCCUCAGUGAAUUUUCCAACCCAUUUUACUCAUAAAACUUCUCUACUUUUACAUGGUAAUCAAUUUUCCCAAUCACCCAACAACACUCUUUUCAACAAAUGCAGCUGGAAAUUAAGUAGACCCACUAAGAGGGCUGUUGCUGCUGUUGAUUCUUCUGAUCCUGCUGAAAAGCAAGAGACGGAAAGGAAGAAGUACUAUUUUCUUGUUGCAAAUGCCAAAUUUAUGCUGGAUGAAGAGGAGCAUUUCCAGGAGCAAAUGUUUGAGCGUCGUCGCCUCUAUGAAGAGCGCAACAAAGAACCAGAUUUCUGGCUUGUAGUUGAGCCCAAGUUCUUGGAUAAGUUCCCUAAUAUCACCAAGAGACUGAAGAGACCCGCUGUAGCACUUGUUUCAACGAAUGGCCCAUGGAUCACGUUCAUGAAAUUGAGGCUAGACAGAGUUUUACAGGAGAGCUACGAGGCUGACAGUAUAGAAGAAGCUUUGGCAUGUACUCCUGUUAGUCUUGAAUUUGAAAAGCCGGAAAAAUGGACAGCACCAUACCCGAAGUAUGAAUCCGGGUGGUGGGAGUCUUUCUUGCCCCCUAGAUCCCAGACGUCAACGGUAUGAUUAGCGGACGUCUUCCAUAUUUCUGCCAUACCAUCAUCUGUGUUGCUUGAAGUAGGUCAAAAUCUACAUUACUGUUUGUUGGUCUGGCGAUGAACGAACAUUUAGUUUGAGAAAUUAUAUGAAGAGAUGGUCGGGGAAACGCGAUUGUAGGGUGUAGGUAAAGAUGUUUGCAGCUCAUCUGAAGAAUUGUACGAGGAAACGCCUACUUUAUGUAGCUUAAUUGUACUUAGCAUGAAAAAGCAUUAUGAAAAAUAUAAAGUGUGUUGAUUGUUGUUGGUUUUUAUAUCUAA